AUGUCAGAUAUAGCAGCAACACCACCACCACUUCCUGAAGCAAGUGGUUCUUUAUCAACAGCAAAUACCCCGCAAGAUUCAGUGCAAUUCCCACUUAAGUUAAUAAAUUGGAAAUUAGAUUCAAAUCAUGAUUUAUUAUCAACACCUAUUUUAUUACAAGAGAAGAACGGCCCUUGUCCUUUAAUUGCUUUAUGCAAUACAUUAUUAUUAAACCAUGAUAUGCAAACAAAUAACAAAUCUGUCCUGGAUGAAGAUCCAACUUAUUUUGCUAAUAAUCAAGAACGAUCAAAGGAAAUUUCGAUGGAUAAUUUUAAAUCAAAAUUAAUUAAUAAGUAUCAUAAUCAAGGUAAAAUUAAUUUAGAUGAAGUCUUACAAUAUAUUGCUGAUUUAUUAUUGGUUUAUAUUGAAGGUAUCGAAGAUCGAUUUAAAUUCACCAUUGAUGAAUUCUUAUCAAAUUUACCAAAAUUACACACCGGUUUAAAUGUUAAUCCUAUUUUAUAUUCAAGUGAAUUCCAACAGGAUUUGGGUACGGAACUAUUUGAUAUUUUUGAAUUGAAAUUUAAACAUGGUUGGGUCGUUGAUUCUACUAAUCAUGAGCCAACUUUAUGGAAUGAUGCAGAGUAUAACACCUUAGUUGAAUUGAUUAAUUCAUUGGAGAAUUUUGAUAAGAUUCAAGAUUAUUUAUUACAUGAUGAUGAUGACGAUGAUCCACAAAUUCAUCAAAAUAAAGAAUUUCUUUCUAAAUGGUUAAGUUUAAAUCAAACUCAAUUGACUCAACAAGGUAUUGCUGAAUUGAAUGAUAAGUUAGAUACCAAUGAAUUUAUUGUAUUUUUCAGAAAUAAUCAUUUCAACACAUUAUUUAAAAAAUCAGAAAAUGAGUUUUAUUUAUUAUUAACUGAUUCAUCAUUUGUUGGAUCUAGUCAUACUAGCAAUAAAUCAUCACAAAUUAUUUGGCAAUCUUUAAAUAGUGUGUCUGGAAAUGAUGAUUUAUUUUUCACUGGUGAUUUCAACCCCGUAUUGGAUAUUGAUCAAGAUUUACCAAAUUUUGCUCCAGAUACAGGUAACAGUGAUUAUUUGUUGUUGAAGCAGUUACAAGAAGAGGAGGAUCAGAAAUUAGCUGCUGGAUUACAAAAAAGAUACGACAAGAGAAAACCCAGCAACAAUACCAAAAACGAUUCUAAUAAUACAGCACCUCCAUCAAAGUCCAGUUCGUCAAGGACUAAUCCUGGAACUCAUAAGCUUAAAGAACUGACUGAUAUUAAAACAGAUACUACCCAGAAAAAGAAGAAACAUUGUAUUAUUACAUAG